GGAAGCGGCCGCCAUGGAGCCGCUUGUGCAGCAAACCGAGCGAUUCUCCGAGCUGUUGGCCGUGUCGUGUGGGUCGCUGGUGAGCACGUGGGACGCCGAAAAGGUGCGCAGGGCGCUGCAGUGGGCGCGUUAUCUGCUCCACGUGUACCGACGCUUCGCGGGCCGCGGCCGCGUGCGGGAGGCGCUCGAGAGGCGGCUCCCCGCGCGGGGAGGGCCGCUCGGGCUGCGCAGCUUCGCGGCGCUGGAGUCCGGGGACGCGCGGCUCGCCCUCCGCCUGCUGCGGAACCGCGCGCUCGCGCCCGCCGCCGCCCGCGCGCUGCCGAGCUUGCUGUUCCCGGGCCCCGCCGCGGACCACCGAGACGACGUGCCGCAGUCGCGCCUGGUCCUCCUGGCGCGCCGCGGAAGCGCGCUGCGCCUGCUGUGCCGCCUCGGCGGGGACGCGCCCAGGAGCGCGCUGCUGCGCACGCACGCGGAGCUGCUGGACGCGCGCCUGCACGAGCUGGGCGGGGCCGACUCCGCGGCCGCGCGCAAACUCCUGGACACGUUGUGGACGCGCGGGCCGCGGGAGCACGUGCUCGACGUGACUGCCGAAGCGCUGCUGCUACGCGAGGAAGACCCGGAGCCAGCCCAGGCCACGGACCCUGCGGGUGCGGAUGAGACACAGAAACUACUGCGCUGGCUUCUCGAAAGUCCCGAGGUAUUGGCCGCUUUUUGCCGCCAUCUGCCAGCCAAGCGCCUGGCCUCCGUGGCGGGCUGCCACCACGCACUGUCUCGCGCCUACCUGGACCUGCUCACAACGUGGGCCACGCGGCUGCACUAUGAUCUGCAAAAGGGUGCCUGGGUCCCUACACAGAUGGAGGACAUGCCCUGGGAAGAGCUGUGCCUAAGGCUGCAGAGCUUGUGCCAUGCCCAGCCAUUUCUGCAGGAAGAGGUGCUGGUGACCCUAAGGUCCCGCAAAGCCUUGGAUGGAGAUUUCGAGGUUCCUGGGAUGAGCAUCUGGACAGACCUCCUGGUGGUGCUUGAGUGUGGGAUCGUGCUAGAGUAGAUUCUCAGUUCCCAGGCUGGGCAUCUGGACAGACCCUGUCCCAUAGAGGGAAUAACAAGCAUACUUCUCACCAAAGCCUCUAUGCACAGCAUCCUGCUACUUCUUGACUAUGCAGUUUACAAAUUGUCAGUGUUCUCCCCAAUUCCCUAUAUACAUGCUCCCAAAACCUAAUUAUUCAGGGGCCAAUUUUAAAUGGUUCAUAAUAUAAAUAUAUAUAAUAUGCACAAUAUCUAUAAAUUUAUAUAUUAUAUAAUAUGUAUUAUAUAGAGAUUGUUUUUGUUCUGGUAAUGGACCCAGGACCCUGCCUAUGUUAGUGUUCACCACUGAGCUACAUCAUUAAUCGUGAAAGAAUUCUUAAAGCCAUCGAAUUUUCAGCUUGUUUCGUAUAAAGCUAAUUUGUAAGAAUACUAAAACUAGAUUCACCCUAAAAAGAAAAGGCAGCUUUACGUUUUCCAAGAAGGGUACUUUUGUAUGAUUUACUUGGUUCCUAACACUCUUCAGUAGUACAAAGUUUUAUUCAACCAGCAACAUGUGGUAGCAUCAUGUUAACUUCAAAGCUGACUGGGCUAGAGUUAGAGCCCUAAACUUGCUUUCUUUUACCUGUUUACCAACCUAUGUGUGCAUUAAAAUUGCAUUGCUCAGAAAA